AUGGGAGACGAAAUAUCGGCAGAUUUGAAGUCAAACAGUCAAAUGUCCGAUUCUGUGGAAAAUAUUCAAAGAAAAAUGAUUCUUCUAGAAAUCGAGAAGAAUGAAAAGUCAAGUUUUGAUGAUGUCAUAACUGGUGCAGAAUCCGAUAAUGGAUGGGAGGACUGUUUGAAAGAAACAGAGUACAGUGUAACAAGUCAAUGGAUUUCCGAAUCUGAUAACACAGUUUCUUCGCAAACAAUCCAAGAAUCUUCUGAAGGUCCAAUCAGUUACUAUGAGUUGGAUGAUCUCAAUCAUAAACCAAUUGGAAAUAAUUCUCGAAUGGCUCGUGUUCCGUCUCAAUAUCAGCUUGAUGCUCUUUCUGAAAUGUUCAUUUUUGAUUUACCUCAACAUAUUGCAAUGCAACGAAUGGAAAACGCAUGUGACCCCGUGGUUUUGAAUUCUAUCGAUCAAGAAGCAGUGAACCGCGGAACAACUCCAUGCUUCAUUAAUUCAGAGUAUGUAUCCGAGAUGAUAUGA